UCGGAGGCGACCAUACUGUGGUGUAAGGAAGCGAGGGUGCCCGUGCAAUUCAUUAUUAGUUUUGAAUCAGACAAUAUAAAACUCCGGCUAUGCACUGCCUUUUGUUUGUUUUAUUGAGAUUGUAACGGCAUUUGAGUACACGGGCACGCUUUGAAAUGAGGCACACGUAAAGCAGGGACUUAAACGCUUUUGAUUUGAUGUUCUGCUCUCAUCAUUAUCAUCACCACCAGUAUCAUUAGUAGCUAACUGGCAUUUUGUUUUCGGGGGGCUCCGGCGAGAAGUGACAAGAAUCCGAGACCCCUCCUCUGCAGGGCGGAGCGUGCAUUUUGAUGUCGAUUUUGUAUCUUUUUUUCUCCUCUGACACGUCUGCACUGAGUGAAUGGCAUUGGCACAUUGUCAAUCGCUCACUACUGCUGCCAUCAAACAACAUAAAGCACACACAGCCCGCGCGCUCGACUCAUAAAUUUCAGCCAGCAGAUAUUUUUGCGCAUCGCUUUAUGGCGCGUGAUUAAUUUUUCCGCCAGUUUUUCUAUUUUCCCUACUCAAACUGAGAAAACUUUUUUAUACGUUUUUAUAUUUUUUCCUACACUCUUUGUAUUUCGGAACGCCGGUGCUGAUGAUUUAAUUUAUUUCAGUUGGCUUCAUUUAUUUUCUCAGAUUUUAUUUUUGGAAACUGUUUUCAGAGGCAACACUUUGCCACAUAAUUAUGUUUAAUGCGUUCUAUGCGUUUAUUUUUUAAUUGCAAAAUUAAAAAUUUUGCUUAAUUGUUAGAUUCCAUCAGAGACAUUGGGAUGUUUUGUUUGCAACUCUUUGUGAUACCAAGGAUUUCUCCAAGUUUUCAAGAAGUGCACAAGGCGUAAUUAUCCUAAGAAGACAGCAAAUAAGAAUUCCAGAGAUCUGCAAAGGAGCCUCAACAAUCACAUCCAGCUCUUCAAAGAAAAAGACAAAUUGGCAUGAAGAUUCGGACAGGAUUGAACGGGCAAACACUGUCACCUGAACGCUGAAGUUUACCUAAAUAAUAGACAAGAAAUACCAUCACUAAUUUUUUUCCAAUGGACAUUAUUACAAGAGGAUCAAAGACAAUUUAAAUCUUUUCCAUAAAGUGAUUCCCGGGACAUCAAUUUCACUAUAUUUUAUCCGCGAUUUAUUGUAUUGGCUGCGUUGCGCGCACGGACAAUAUUUUGUACAUGAUACGGACCCGUCAAACACCGCACAUGAAAUAAUCAAGUUGUUUUUUGCAUGUGCAUUAUUCGAGUUUAUUUCAUCUCUAUCAGUGACUGAGCAGAAGCGCAUUGAUUGUGUUGCGGCGGAAUAUGGACGAGCAAGCCCGGAUCAUGCAGGCUCUCGGCGGUGUCAGCCUAGCUGGUCACUCGGUACAGGGAGGCAUGGCUCUGCCGCCUCCACAUGGACACGACGGAACCGAUGGGGAUGGAAGAAAACAAGACAUCGGUGACAUUCUGCAUCAAAUCAUGACUAUCACCGACCAAAGCCUGGACGAGGCGCAAGCAAAGCACAGGAAACAUGGACUGAACUGUCACAGAAUGAAGCCUGCCCUCUUCAGUGUGCUCUGCGAGAUCAAAGAGAAAACAGGUCUAAGUAUCCGCGGGGCUCAAGAGGAGGACCCGCCCGAUCCUCAGCUGAUGCGUCUUGACAACAUGCUUCUGGCUGAGGGCGUGUCAGGACCGGAGAAGGGCGGAGGAUCGGCAGCAGCCGCAGCGGCGGCCGCAGCGGCAGGAAGUCCCACCGAUAACUCCAUCGAACACUCGGACUACAGGGCCAAACUCUCGCAGAUCAGACAGAUCUACCACACCGAGCUGGAGAAGUAUGAGCAGGCAUGUAACGAAUUCACCACCCACGUCAUGAACCUGUUGAGGGAGCAGUCUCGCACGCGGCCCAUCUCGCCCAAAGAGAUCGAGCGUAUGGUCAGCAUCAUCCACCGUAAAUUCAGCUCCAUCCAAAUGCAGCUUAAACAGAGCACCUGUGAAGCCGUAAUGAUCCUGAGAUCCCGCUUCCUCGAUGCCAGACGGAAACGGCGGAACUUUAGCAAGCAGGCCACCGAGAUCCUGAAUGAAUACUUUUACUCACACCUUAGUAACCCUUAUCCCAGCGAAGAGGCCAAAGAGGAGCUGGCUAAGAAGUGCAGCAUAACAGUAUCACAGGGGGUGGGAACCACCAUCACAGUGGCACAGGUAUCCAACUGGUUUGGCAACAAGAGGAUCCGUUACAAAAAAAACAUUGGCAAGUUCCAAGAGGAGGCCAACCUGUAUGCCGCUAAGACAGCCGUGACUGCCGCACAUGCAGUAGCCGCUGCCGUCCAGAACAGUCAGACCAACUCGCCCACCACACCCAACUCUGGAUUCCAGAUGAAAGAUGAAGAAUUUCAGCUGGACUCUGCAGAGAACAAAAACACUCUAUUAACCAACAUGUUCACUGGUUCGUCAGGUUCUUUUAACCUCCCAAACUCGGGGGACAUGUUCAUGAGCAUGCAGAAUCUGAAUGGGGAUUCUUACCAAGGGGCACAAGUUGGAGCCAAUAUGCAGUCACAGGUGGAUACCCUGCGCCAUGUUAUCAGUCAGACGGCAGGAUACAAUGAUGCCCUGGGGGGGAACUCCAUGUAUAGUCCACAUGGCUUGAAUGGUAACGGGGGGUGGCAGGAUGCUACGACUCCAUCCUCUGUGAUCUCCCCUACAGAAGGCCCUGGUAGUGUGCACUCUGAUACCUCGAACUGAUCUCGUCAUUGACAUGGCCCCUCCCCAAGCUGUGGAUAACCAAUCACAGAAUUACAAAACCACAGACUGACCAAUCAGAGACACAGAAAAAAACUCUCGCAGCUAAUCCAGAAACAUCUUCAUGGAAUAUUCAAGCGUACAAAUCCUCUGUACUUUAACAGUUCUGGAUGCCGAGCAUUUCUUAUCCGUCACAUCGGUCCAGUGCAGUUUCUACUAACAGUCUCUCCUCCGGUUAUAUUGUAUCUGUAUGUUUCGUUUCUUUUAUCCUUCAAAUCCACAUUUUUUCUUUUUAGGUUUUCAUGCCUUAGAUUGUAUGUUGAGUUGAUUCGUGUUCAUAGCUGAUUUCCACUGUUUUGACUGACUGUCAGCAAAGCUUUAGUGCAAGAACACAAGAACAUAUGUCUACAAAGUAUAUUCAGAUUAUGCUAACCCGUUUAACAGGGCUAAAUGCUACAGAAGGCAGCUUGGGGAAUUCAUUUCUGAUAUUAUUUGUGUGUUGUUGUUGUUUUUUUCUUUGUUUCUUUAUGUCAUAUGUUGUGGUUGCAUUGAUUUAAUCAAGACCAUAUACAGAACGCAAUCCACUCCAAUUUUUGGGGGGUGAUUUUUAAAUAUCUGGCUUUUUUUAGGUACAAGAAAGGUAAUAAAUAUUCAGUACAAUACUACUAAUGAAGGAAGCGUAGAAGACACCGUUGGAAAUUUGGCACAUACAGUACUUUUGUUGGCAACUUUGCAGUCAACUUUCCAUUCCAUUACAUUCUUGUAUAUGAAUUAGCUUAAGAGUAUUUAUACAUCUCACCAAUCAAUACUCAGCUUUAUUACCUCAUUCAAACUCAUAGAAAACCAAUAGAUUUAAAGCAUUUCUUUAGCUUAUAGUGCUCACUGACUACCUCUCAACAAUAUCGACACCGCCAUUUUUGUCUUUUACUUUCUGCCGUUUUCUUCUUUGACUUUUAAAUAUAUUUUCCUUUUGUUAGUUCGGUUGCAUCUUGUAAGAAACUUUCUCUCUCACACUCACUUGUUAUGUAAUCUAAUGUAUAUUUUAACCUUCUAAGAAAACCAAGUUGCUUUGUUGCGACUUUUAAAAUGGAAAAAAAGAAAAAAUAACCAUAAUAAUAAUAAAAUGAAUAUCAUGGAGAGAGUAUAGAGAGUACAGUUGCUGGUGGAGAGGGUUUUUUGUGACUAAAGGAACAGGCAAGGGGGAACACGGUCAUUUACAUUAACAACAAACAGUGAAACUGUUGUAAAUACUGAAGAACAUUUUGAAUGUUGCUCAUCUUGUUACUAAUUCAUGCAAAAAAGAAAUAAAAAAUUAAUAAAUAAAAACCAUGAUUAAAAAAGAAGACCUGUAAUGCAUAGAGGUUACGGUAUUCAGAAUUGUACAUUUCAAACCCUGUGUGACAGGGUUCCAACUUUCUUUCUCCUUUUUGUAUCGUAUGUGAUUCUGAAACUGAUAAAAAAUCAUACGAAAUUUAUUUGUGGCAGUGGUUCUAAUGUAUUAAAGAUGUUUCGUGUUUCUUUCUAACCAGACUACACCCUGGACUGAAAAGUCUUCCUUGUGGUAGUUAUGUGUAAUUUCAAACAUGAAUAAACUGUUUUCCUUUCAUGAUGACAGAA